AUGGCCAACUCCCCGACAAGCAUUGAGACGCAAAUAGACAGCUUCUUGGAACAAUUCAAGAGAAGUGCUUCAAAGGCUAUGGAAGAGAGGAUGGAGUGGCCUGAUGGUUCAUCUCCUGGAUCCAUGGUCAAGUCCCGUAGCAGCUGCUUCACGUUAGAUUCUCCAUCUGUAGUGAGAAAUGUAAUUUUAAAAUUGGCGCGGCGUGAAGUAGCAAAGAGCGUCGGCCGUCGAUACGGAAACGGUGAUGUCAGCGCCGCGCAGCGGUCGCGCACUGUAUUAGCGACAUGUUCUACGGCGUCCUCAGAUUUUAUUCACGGAAAGUGUAUCGCCAUAUUGCUUCCG